UAUGUAAGAGGAUGGGAUGUUUCCCCAUGGUUGGGAAAUCCGGACUCUUCGUAAUCUCGGAUUCUCGGAUGUCUGCAUCGGUACCAGAUCGAAUCGACAAAAUACAAUUUGUUAUUCCGGUGGACAGACAUUCCAGUGCUAUGAUACCGCAAAGACAUGAUACAGAAAACUUCUAACAAAUCAACCACUAAUCAUUAAAUGGUAGCCAAAUCUCAUACCGUCAAAUGGGUAUCACCACCAAAAUCUCCUUGAUGCAUCAAGAAUGUCCAAUACUCCAAUGAUACAGAUUCUUAAUUAUCGUGGUCGAACAUUUUUACGUUUUUCUACUCUUUUGUCUGACUUCAGCACUUCAUUUCCCUCCAUUUCAGAUCUUCAACUCUCCCUGUCUCGACCAUGACUUCAGAGACUCGAUUCGCUCUCUUCGUGAUUUUCGCAGCUCUCGCGACCUCCGCACGAAUUGCAGGAGCUUCGCCGGAAGAUCAGCGCUACAGUGUCGGAGAUGUUGUUCCGUUGUUCGUCAACAAGAUUGGUCCCUUGAAUAAUCCCAGUGAGACAUACCAGUAUUAUGAUUUGCCGUUCUGCCAACCAGAUAAAAUAACCAAAAAGAGAGAAACACUUAUGGAAGUUCUGAAUGGUGAUCACAUGGCUACUUCUCUAUAUGCAUUGAACUUCAGGGAGAAUAAAACUCUGGAGAUUCUUUGUGAGAAGAAGCUAAAUAGUAACGACGUUGCAGAGUUUAAAGAUGCUAUCAGUAAUGAUUAUUACUUUCAGAUGACAUAUGAUGAUCUUCCAUUAUGGGGGUUUAUUGGUAAAAUUGAAGACAACCUGUUGGUUCCUAAUGAGACUUGGCCAAAUUAUUAUCUCUUCAGACAUGUCCAAUUUGAUGUUCUUUACAAUGAGAACCGAGUUAUAGAAAUAAGUGCUUUUAGUGAUCCAACAUAUACUGUGGAUAUCACUGAUGGUGUUGAAACCAAUGUCAAGUUCACUUACUCGGUCUUUUGGAGUGCAACUUCAACUCGGUUUGAGAAUCGGAUGGGAAAAUAUUUGAGAUCUUCUUUACAUCCACAGAGUGUACAGCUUCAUUGGUUCUCAAUCAUUAAUUCUGUUAUCAUCAUUAUGCUUUCAGUAGGGACAUUUGUCAUGCUGUUUCUGCAGAAGCUCAAGAAUGAUAUCACAAAGUAUUCUGUUGUUGAUGAAGAAGAGGAUAUGCAAGAAGUUGGUUGGAAGCAUAUUCAUGGUGAUGUAUUCAGAUUUCCUCCAUACACAUCCUUGUUCUGUGCUGUCCUGGGAACUGGUACUCAGCUGUUGACCCUGGUUUUCUUUGUAUUUGUUCUGGUUUUUCUGGGGGUCCUCUAUCCUUACAACCGUGGAGCACUUUCUUCUUCUCUUGUCAUCAUUUAUGCAAUUACAUCCUUGAUUGGUGGCUAUGUUGCUUCUUCAUUCCAUGCUCAAUUGGCAACAACUAAAUGGGGAAAGACUCUCCUUCUAACUGGGAUACUCUACCUUGGUCCAGUAAUUUUGACAUUUUCUGUUCUGAAUACAGUUGCCAUAUCCUAUGGGGCCACAGCUGCUCUCCCAUUUGGCACCAUUCUUGUGUUUAUUCUCAUAUGGAUACUAGUUACUGUCCCACUGCUCACCUUGGGUGGCAUGUUUGGGUAUGUUUUUAGGUCUGAAUUUCAAGCACCUUGUGCUACCCGGAGUUGCCCAAAAGAGAUCCCACCAUUACCUUGGUAUAGCAAGACACCAAGUCAGAUGUUUCUUGGUGGUCUUUUACCAUUUUGUGCAGUGUUCAUUGAGUUGCACUACAUAUACACAAGCUUAUGGAGCCAUAAGAUCCACACAGACACUAGCAUUCUUUUUAUCUUGUUCAUCCUCCUCAUCGUACUCACUGCAAUCCUGAGUGUUGGGAUGACAUACAUUCAGCUUUCAGGAGAAGACCAUCAAUGGUGGUGGAGAUCUGUGCUACGUGGGGGUUCAGCUUCCAUUUUCAUGUAUGGCUAUUCCAUUAUGUUCUAUGCCAGGUCAAGCAUGACUGGUUCUAUGCAACUUUUGUUCUUUUUAGGCUACAAUGCUUGUAUAUGCUAUGCUUUCUUCCUGAUGCUUGGGACCAUUGGUUUCCAUGCGUCAUUGCUAUUUGUCCGCCGUAUAUACCAUGCUGUCAAGUGUGACUGAAAGAUCCUCUCACUUCAACUGCGUUCAUGUUCAAUGGGUGAUGGGCCAUGUGGUGGCCAUUGUUUCAAGGGAUAUUCCUCCAAGCUCCAAUUUCUGUACUGAAUGAGAAGACUCAAUGUAUCAGAAGCAUGGCAUUGAUGACAAGCUGGUUUUUUGUACCAUACUGUGUUCAAUAUUACCAAAUUCAUGCAAUUCUGCCGAAUCUGCCUACAGAGAGAACUUCUCAGAACAUGCAUUUGGACAUUGAAAUAGCUAACGGUUUUGAAUCCAAUUUGACAAAAUUAGAUAUUUGAUUACCUCUGAAAGAGAUGGUAAAGCAGCUAAUGUAUAGAUUGUAGAUUUUCAUGGUUAUUGUUUCUAGUUUCUGAGGUUGCUUGUAUGAGCACCA